GGCAGGUACCAGACGUUGGGCGGGGUCUCAGGCUGAGUCCUGCCCCCACCCCGGCCUCCAGCGCGUGGCUUCCCGCGCGGGGAUGGCUGAAGGUCGUGGUCCCCCGGGGCUGGUUAUCCAAGGAUGUGAGCGAUUUGACGAGCAGAAAAGCCCUUCCGUAGCCAUGGACUGUUUCCAAACUUCACCGAGCCAUUCCUGGAUUUAUCCCACUGUCAUCCUCUGCUUAUUUGGGUUUUUCUCCAUGAUGAGACCCUCAGAACCCUUCCUUAUCCCAUACUUAUCUGGACCAGACAAAAACCUGACCAGCACAGAGAUAACCAAUGAGGUCCUUCCCGUGUGGACAUACUCUUACCUGCUGCUGCUGCUCCCCGUGUUCAUCCUCACCGAUUACGUCCGCUACAAGCCGGUCAUCAUCCUCCAAGGGAUUAGCUUAAUCACUACCUACCUGCUGCUCCUGUUUGGCCAAGGAGUGACAGCCAUGCAGGUUGUGGAGUUCUUCUAUGGGAUAGUCACUGCCACCGAGGUGGCCUACUUUGCCUACAUAUACAGCGUGGUCAGCCCAGAGCACUACCAGAAAGUGAGCGGCUACUGCAGGGGCGUCAUGCUGGUGGCCUACACGGCCGCCUCGGUGCUGGCCCAACUCUUGGUGUCGCUGGCCAAAAUGUCAUAUUUUUACCUCAACGUCAUAUGCUUGGUCUCUGUCUCUGUGGCUUUCCUUUUCUCACUUUUUCUCCCAAUGCCCAAGAAAAGCAUGUUUUUUCAUGCAAAGCCCAGCAAAGAAGCACAUAUGCCAUUAAGCACGAAUACAGUGUUAGAUGAACCACGUGAAGGGACAACACCUGGCUGUGAUGAAGAGAAACCCACUUCAGAAACAGCCACCACUUCAGGAAACCUGGGUGACGGCCAGCUCAGCAGCCCAAAGCCAGAAAAUGUCGCUUGGAGAGUUUUUGUGCAGUGGUUCCAAGAUUUGAAGGAGUGCUACUCCUCCAAGCGUCUUCUAUACUGGUCCCUAUGGUGGGCUCUCUCCACAGCAGGUUUCAACCAGGUCUUGAACUACGUUCAAAUCUUGUGGGACUAUAAGGCACCAUCCCAAAAUUCUUUCAUCUAUAAUGGGGCAGUAGAAGCUAUUGCAACCUUUGGAGGAAUGGAAGGCACCAGGAAAAGAAAAGAGGAGCAGGACACUUCUCUUUUACGUGUUACAACAAGGAACUCAGGAACUCAGGAUUGAGCACCAAACAAACUCUAGCCAAAUUCCUAAGACUUCAUUUCAUCAUCAGGAAAAGUGCUAAUAAUGCCCCCUGUUCUUCUAGAAUUGUUUUCAGUGUCAAAAGGCAAAUAUACAGCUUGAACCUCAGUGGGAGUUUUAUUAUUUUAGAAAAUGGGUUUAACUAAGUGAUCACUGGAAGAGUUUUGGUUAAUAAAGAAGUUGGUUUAGCUAGCGCCCACCUUUAGAAGCUCUAGGCUGUACACCAAAAAUGUUCACAAGUUACUUUUGUCUGAGAUUUAAAUGAGGGAAAGAUACAUGAGAGUCAAGAUUCUAAUAUCAGAGGGAACUCUGCCCUUGAGCUUUGCUCUACAAUAAAUAUUUAUGUCCUGGUAAAUGGAAACUUAAAUGCCACAUGAGACUUUGAAGAUAUUUUCCAGGAAGUAGGAGAUUUCCACACCCUCAUUUACAAAAAGGUUCAGAAAAUUCAUGCGGCAUCUGUUUAUUAUUGUCUCCUCUUUGGGAGACUUCAGUUUAACUGCCGGAAACCAGCACCGUGCCGAAUGCUCCACUGAAAUGAUUUCUCCUGUAGCCAAGUUCUGGGGGGAAGAACAGGUGUUUAUCCUUUGCAACCAUAGUCUUUACUAGAACAAAUGUGAAAAGGUUCAUUAAUCAAAUGUCAGUAAUUUGAAGCAUAAAUACCUUUCAUUUUGCUAAAGAGAACUAUAAUUACUAACCCUAAUUAUAGUCAAUUAUUCAACCUCUUAAUAUGAAUCAAUAUAGAUUUGCUCACCCAAAAUCUCAACUAAAUUAGGCCAGAUCUGAAGAUGUUAA